ACGAUUUUUCUUUCUUUAAAUGCACGUUCUGGAAAGUGUUCAAUAUAGCUUUUUCAUCUCUGUCAUCAUGACAGAGUCAGUAUUUUUUCAGUGCACAAUCGAAAAUCUUGCAAAGUGGUGAAACGUUUGAAAGAAAAAAGUUUGGUCGCCACAAAACGAAGAUUUCCCCUACUAAGAUUCUGCAUUUUAUUCUGCACUACUCUAUUUUACAAUCAACUAACAUAAUCAAAUAAAAUCAAAUAUAAAACAUUAACAAUGGCUCCUUCGCAUGGUCAAUACACAAAUAAGAUACACUAUAUAAAAAAAUGGAUUCUCGAAGAGCUAACAACGAAGCAAUAUGCACAAGUUUUCAUGCGACCCAUGGACGAGCGCGACCCGGACUAUCAGCUCAUCCAAAGGCACAUGGACCUGGGCACAAUCAUCACUCGGGUGCAGAAUCGACUCUAUCGAGAUUCAAAUGAAUUAAUUGUGGAUCUGAGACUCGUCUAUCAGAAUUGGUUAGCGUUGAAGACGCCAACUACACUCCUGUGCCGGCCUGGCAUUCAAUUGCAGAAAUUCGUGGAAAAAAAGCUGAGACAAAUGCCAUAUGGCCCUGAGUUUGAGCUUCAUAAGGAUCCCAGGAUGACGGCCAGCUCCAUCAAGGAUUUUCCGUGGCUGCAGUUAAAUAGCCCAGAUCAGCAAUCUCCCGCUUCGAGGGAUGCUAAUGCCCAAAAUACCAAAAGGUGCCACAGCGUCAGUGGCAACGAUGAAGACUCCGACGGUCCAUCAACCUCUAAAAUGAUGCGACGCUGCAGCAAUAGCUCCAACUCCGAUUCUGUUGCCGUGUGCAAUAUCAACUAUGUGGCCGAAUCGGCAUCUGUGGAGAACAACAACAACCUGCAACUUAAUUCCACCGCCAUGCAAUCGGAUUUGCCACAUUUAGCUGCCCCUGACAUCAGCUCCUCUUCGAGUUCCAGCUCAAGUUCCUCCUCUGGAUCGAGCUCCUCCUCUGGAUCGAGCUCCAGCUCUUCUUCGAGCUCCAGCUCCUCUUCGGGCUCCAGCUCCUCUUCAAGCUCCAGCUCGGAGACUGAUUCGGACUCGGAUUCCGAUUGAAAUCAUUAACCAAUUCCGAAUGUUGAUGCUGCAACCCAUCGAUCCCACAAUAAAUGUACACAAAUAAUACAUUCUUAAUUAUGAAAUUCAAAACUGUUCGCUCAGCUCCAACUCUGUAUUCUCCAGCCUUCUCCAGCUCUUCAAUGCAUUAAAAUUCAAGUUCCUACUAAAAACACUACUAAAAUAUUCCUUCGGGUGAUUAAAUUCACCCCGAUUACCAAUCGAUAACCAAUACAAUUCACAAAUAUUUUAAUCUAUUUUAAAAUAUGUUAAAAUAAACAUUGUGCCCCUAGUUUUU